CCAACCCUCUACCGGAAGUUAGAAAGGCUCUAUCCGGCGUCGGGAAGAGAAGAAAUGUCUUCUAUAAAGAGAAGUCCAAAACAAGAAAUAAUUUCCCAGUUUCACUGUUCAGCUGCAGAAGGAGAUAUUGCCAAGUUAACAGUGAUUCUUAGUCAUUCUCCAUCUCUUCUCAAUGAAACUUCUGAAAAUGGCUGGACUGCUUUAAUGUAUGCUGCAAGGAAUGGGCACCUGGAUGUUGUCCAAUUGCUACUUGAGAAAGGGUGUGACAGAUCCAUUGUCAACAGAUCAAAGCAGACUGCACUGGAUAUCGCUGAGUUUUGGGGUUACAAGCAUAUAGCUAACUUACUAGCUAAUGCUAAAGGUCAGAAGAAGCCUUGGUUCCUAACCAAUGUUGUAGAAGAAUGUGAAAAUUAUUUUAGCAAGACACUACUGGACCGGAAAAGUGAAAAAAGAAAUAAUACUGACUGGCUACUAGCUAAAGAAAGCCAUCCAGCCACAGUUUAUAUCCUUUUCUCAGAUUUAAAUCCCUUGGUUACUUUAGGUGGCAACAAAGAAAGUUCCCAACAACCAGAAGUCAGGCUUUGUCAGCUGAACUACACAGAUAUAAAGGAUUAUUUGGCUCAACGUGAAAAAAUCACCUUGAUUUUCCUUGGAGUAGAGCUUGAAAUGAAAAAAGAGUUACUUAAGUGUGCUGGGGAAGGCCCAAGAGAAGAUGGGUUGGUUGCCUGGUUUGCUCUAGGUAUAGAUCCUGUUGCUGCUGAAGAAUUUAAGCAAAGACAUGAAAAUUGUUAUUUUCUUCAUCCACCAAUGCCAGCUCUUCUGCAAUUGAAAGAAAAUGAAGCUGGGGUCGUAGCUCAAGCAAGAUCUGUUCUUGCCUGGCACAGUCGAUAUAAGUUCUGCCCAACCUGUGGAAGUGCAACUAAAAUUGAAGAAGGUGGCUAUAAAAGAGUAUGCUUAAAAGAAGACUGUCCUAGCCUUCAUGGUGUUCAUAAUACAUCAUAUCCAAGAGUUGAUCCAGUAGUAAUCAUGCAAGUUAUUCAUCCAGAUGGGACCAAGUGUCUUUUAGGCAGGCAAAAAAGAUUCCCCCCAGGCAUGUUUACUUGCCUUGCUGGAUUUAUUGAACCUGGGGAGACAAUAGAAGAUGCUGUUCGGAGAGAAGUGGAAGAGGAAAGUGGAGUCAAAGUUGGCCAUGUUCAGUAUGUCGCUUGUCAGCCAUGGCCAAUGCCCUCCUCCUUAAUGAUUGGUUGCUUAGCUGUGGCAUUGUCUACAGAAAUUAAAGUUGACAAGAAUGAAAUAGAGGAUGCCCGCUGGUUCACUAGAGAACAGGUUGUGGAUGUUCUGACCAAAGGGAAGCAGCAGGCAUUCUUCGUACCACCAAGCCGAGCUAUUGCACAUCAACUAAUCAAACACUGGAUUGGAAUGAACCCCAAUCUCUAAAUCAAAAAACUAGACUUUGAGUACUGAUUCAUUUCUUAUACAACUUAUUCCUCAAUUGAGGUUAGAAAUGUUCAGUGCUCUUUAGAAUGUCACAACACAAAAUGUCAUAUUCGGAUUUUAAAAUAUUUUCAAAGUGUACAUUUCAUCUUAACCACAGAAUUCUUAUUUUUAUGAGUUACAACAUUGCCUCAGAUUUUGUUAAAUCUGGAUCAUCCUGCUAUCUAGAACAUUUUUUUGGUUGUGCUCCACAAUUCUAUUUCACAAAACCAUAUUUCUAAUAAGAGAAAUCAUGUUGUAAAGAAAUAUGUUCCAAAAAUGUAAGUACACUGAAAUCCUAACACCUCUUGUAAGCAUUAGACUAGUCAUUAAAGAUUCAUUGCUGAAAUUAAACACACUUACAAAUAAUUCUCAAAGAUCAGAUAUUAAAUCUCAUAUACAAGGUCCGGCAGAAGUAACACCUGUUUGAGUGUGGUUGGUAGGGGAUGUGAAUGUCUCACAUGAGAUGGACAGCAAUUUGAACAUUUCACCUAAAAUGUCAUAUGGUGUGCUUGAGUGUGAUAUUGCUAUAUUACAGAAUUACAUGCCUAUGAUUUUGUAAUAAAAGAGUUUGUAAUAAGUAGGCAUUAUUUGUGCCAGACCCUGCAUAUGUACAUAGUUAAUAAAAACACUGACUUGAUGUCACAUCUUUUUUGAGAAAUUAGACAAAAUCAUUUUAAUGAAUUUUGAGCUUGAAUUUUUCAUCUUUCCAUUACCAUAAACUGUCUUUCAGUUGUCAGUAGCUGAUUUUUGCUCAUCUUCCCAUUGUAAUUCACUUUUUUCUCCUGGUUUCAUUGUUCUAACAGUGCUGCAGUUAACAGUGUUGCUUCUAGUCUAUUUUCAUCAGUUAAGAAUUUUCUAUUUUGACAACUCCACAGAAUAAGUAAGAGCAUAUAUUGCGUCUGGGGCCUCUUCCUUAAACCUAAAAUUAAUUAAUCUAUUUUUCUAUUAGAUCUACUCAAAGCCUUAAGACAAAUCAGGAUUCUCUGUUUUUUCACUGAAAUGAAACAUAUUUGAAAGGAAUUCUCCUCAAAGGUCAGAUGUAAUGUAAAUCACAGAAAGAUUUACAUAUUUUUUAAAAAACACUGGCUUUAUGGCAUUUUGUGAUAAGGAAUAUAUUUGCAUUAGCAAAAAGCUAUAUAAUCAUUACUAAUAACAUCUAUUAAGCUCAUAUAUAACAUUUUGCUUUUGGCCUUAACACAUUCUAAGAAUGCUUUAUAAAGUAAGUAUAUGUUAGAAAUGAAACAGUAAGAUUCUAGAGAAAGUAAAUUGUACUUCACAGUUUUGCAACACAGAAUUGUCAUAUUUUACAAGGCUGUUUUGAAAUUGUUUUAAAAGGUAAUACUUAAAUACAUAAAUUUAUAUAAUUUGGCUGUAUACUAUCACAUGUUAGAACUGGAAGAGACCUAAAGGAUAAUAUAUAGAUUUCAUUGCCCUUCUCUUACAGAUAAGGUAAAGGAAAUAUUGAAAGGUGAAUUUAAUUAAUUCAUUAAAAGUAAAUUAAUUAAUGAAAGUCAUACAAUUACAGCGUAUAAUUUUAACACAAUUUAUUAUAUUUUCAGUUAAGUAAAUUACAAGUUUAUAUUGUAUAACCCAGAGAAGCAGUCUUCCUCUGAUCGAAAGUAGAAACUAUUACUAAAAGUGUAUAUAAGAUAAAUCAAAAUAAUAGAUAAUAAGAAUAAAUUCAGUUUACCAAAUACUGUUAAUUAAAAUUUUAGAUACUAAAAUUUAACUUAAAUAAGAUAAUUUUAUUAGGUAAAACUUUGUUUUAUUAACAAACAAUGGUUUUCUUAGUAAUUGAUGAAGGCUUAUUGAUAUUAGGUCUUUAAACAAAAUUAAGACUUACACAGGACAUUUGAUACAUAAUAAAAUUUGAACUACAUAGGCAUAUAGAAAAUGCUGUGCCUGGAUUAUUCUUAAGUAUAAUGACUUAAAAUUCAGUUUUACUUCAAAUGUAUUUUAGUACUUACAGAUCCUAAGAUUACAUCAAAAGUUUUAGGAUAGCAAAGUAAAAUACAAAGUAUCAACAAGUAGUUGUAAAUUUAGUUUUUGAUAUUUAACCCUGUACUCAGGGAAAAUCAGUAUCUAAGUAAAUUAUUGUUUUAAUAAUCUUUCUUAAAUUGUUAACCUCUGAGAGGUGAAUAGCUACGUGUAAGUAGAAGAAAUAGCCAAGAAAUGGUAAAGGUUCAAGUGCCAUCAAUGUAUUCUAAUGGAAAUAAAGGUAACAAUACAUUAAAAAAAUUAUCUAUUCUCUG